CGCUUUUCUGGAGGGACCCGGCGCGGCUCGGCGGGAGCGGCAGCGUCGCCGUCCCCUUCCCGUGCGGGGCCGAGGCUCGGGCCUCUGCGGGGCCGGCUCGGGCUGUCCCUCCUCCCCGAGGCUCCGCGCCGGUUCUCAGGCCUCCGUGCGGUCGGCGAGCGGCUCCGUCGCCUCGGUGCCCAGCCCCGCGGGGCCACAGGGCGGUUGUCGCCUCCCCGGCAGCCGCGGGAGGAGCGGCCCGUCAUGCCGACCGUGGUGGUGAUGGACGUGUCCCUCUCCAUGACGCGGCCCGUGGCGGGGGAGGGCUCGGAGGAGCACCAGAGGAAGCACCUGGCGGCCCACGGCCUGACCAUGCUGUUCGAGCACAUGGCCACCAACUACAAGCUGGAGUUCACGGCCCUGGUGGUGUUUUCGUCGCUCUGGGAGCUGAUGGUGCCCUUUACCAGGGACUACAACACGCUGCAGGAGGCCCUAAGUAACAUGGAUGAUUAUGACAAAACCUGUUUAGAGUCAGCACUGCUGGGGGUUUGCAAUAUUGUCCAGCAGGAAUGGGGAGCAGCAAUUCCUUGCCAGGUUGUCCUUGUCACCGACGGCUGCCUGGGCAUCGGCCGGGGCUCCCUGCGCCACUCCCUGGCUACUCACAGCCAGCGAAGCGAAAGCAACCGGUUCCCGCUGCCUUUCCCCUUCCCAUCCAAGCUGUAUGUCAUGUGCAUGGCAAACCUGGAAGAGCUUCAGAGCACAGAUUCCUUAGACUGCCUGGAACGACUCAUAGAUUUAAACAAUGGGGAAGGACAAAUUUUCACCAUUGAUGGACCCCUCUGCCUGAAGAAUGUACAGUCCAUGUUUGGGAAGCUAAUAGACCUGGCUUAUACACCAUUCCAUGCUGUUCUCAAGUGUGGCCACUUAACAUCUGAUGUGCAAGUAUUUCCCAGACCAGAACCUUUUGUUAUAGAUGAGGAAAUAGACCCAAUCCCUAAAGUAAUUAAUACAGACCUAGAAAUUGUUGGGUUUGUAGAUAUAGCUGACAUUUCUAGCCCUCCUGUCUUAUCCAGACACUUGGUACUGCCCAUUGCACUUAACAGAGAAGGUGAUGAGGUGGGACCUGGGAUCACAGAUGACACCGAAGAUGAGAACUCAGCUAAUCAGAUUGCUGGGAAAAUCCCCAACUUCUGUGUUUUAUUACAUGGCAGCCUGAAAGUGGAAGGCAUGGUGGCUGUUGUCCAGUUGGGGCCAGAGUGGUAUGGGAUGCUCUAUUCACAAGCUGAUAGCAAGAAGAAAUCAAACCUCAUGAUGUCUCUCUUUGAGCCUGGUCCUGAGCCCCUUCCAUGGCUGGGGAAGAUGGCUCAGCUUGGACCCAUUUCAGAUGCAAAAGAAAACCCUUAUGGAGAGGAUGACAACAAGAGCCCCUUCCCCUUGCAACCCAAGAACAAGCGCAGCUACGCGCAGAACGUUACCGUGUGGAUUAAACCAAGUGGUCUUCAGACAGAUGUACAGAAGAUCCUGAGAAAUGCAAGGAAACUCCCUGAAAAAACUCAGACCUUCUAUAAAGAACUCAACCGUUUACGAAAGGCAGCUCUGGCCUUUGGGUUUUUGGAGCUGCUGAAGGGGGUGGCAGACAUGCUGGAGCGGGAGUGCACCCUGCUCCCCGACACCGCCCACCCCGACGCCGCCUUCCAGCUCACACACGCUGCUCAGCAGCUCAAAGUGGCAAGUACUGGAGCAUCAGAGUAUGCUGCCUAUGACCACAACAUUGCUCCUCUGCAGACAGACUUUUCCAGCAGCAGCACUGAACGAAUGUGAAGUCUCCGUUAGGGGAACUUCUAGAGAUUUAAGACUCAAGGGGUUCCAAUUUUCUUGGCCUGUUUAUUUUCUAGGGUCUGUUUAAUUAACUGUUUGGAGAACUUCCUAGCAAAUGGGGUUCCUAAAUAACCAUAGCUAGUUCAUGGUGGCUUUAUUCAGAUCUGGAGACUGUGGAAAAUCUCCCAAAGUCAAUUACUGUGUUGGAUGAUUGCUGGAAGUUACUCAGUACAUGUGAGGUAAGAGCGAAAAAUCCCCAAAAUGUGGCUACUACAUAACUGAACUCACUGGUAAAGGUACCCUAGAAGGCAGCUGCUGUGCUUUGUACUCCAACUUGAUUAGUCCAAAGAAAACAGGUGAGAAUCGUUGUGCAAGAUGAGAUACACAGCUGAUUUCAGGGUGUUGUCACUAGUCUUAUGCCCAACUUGGAAGCCAGUCUGUCCUGCCCUGAUGAGAGUUACCACUUCCAUUGCAGGGCUUAUGCUAGUGAAAGUAACUUAAGCUUGUGAUACACGUUUUUUUUAAUUUGCAUAAUAUUAAUAAAGGGUAAUUCUUAAUCAAAA